CAAGUUUGUUUACAGGAUCUAGAAGUGCUUGCAGAGCGAGUGUGUCCCUGUCUGUCUCCAUGUCUCUGUGUCUGUGUGCUUCUCUCUUGUAAAAUCUUUGUCUAUUAGUAGCUGUUGAAGACUGCCUGCCUGUUAGAUGAGGACUGAUGAGAAGAGAGAGGGAGAGAGAGAUAACGAAUCCCUGAGUGCUGAGAGAGUGAUUAAUUAGUGUUUGAGUAUUUAAUAGUCAGAGAGUGAGAGAGAGAUAUUCUUCACAGAUGGAUCGCUCCGUGUACUCCUCCCCCCCUCUCUCCAGAGUGGUAGUGUCUGGCGGUACCCACGGCAACGAGCUGGCGGGGGUGUGUCUGGUGAGGGAGUGGCUUAGGGGAGACAGCGCCCCCUGCCUGGAGAGAAGCAGCUUCACAGCUCAGCCGCUCCUGUCAAACCCCAGAGCAACAGAACAGAGCGUUCGAUACGUCAGUGCAGACCUGAAUCGCUGCUUCAAAACACACACACUGAGCGCCCCCCCCUCUCCCUCGGACCCCUACGAACUGGUCCGUGCUCGGGAGCUGGACUCUCUCCUGGGGCCAAAGGGCAGCGAAGGAGCCGUCGACUUCAUCUGCGAUCUGCACAACACCACGGCGAACAUGGGGGCCUGCCUCAUCCUGUACUCGCUGAGUGAUUACUUCUGCCUGCACAUCCUCCACUACCUGCAGACUCGCAUGCAGUCGGCUCCGGUUUAUUGCGUCGUUUUCGACGAACCGCCAAGCGAAGCGUAUUCACUGGACACCAUCGGGAAGAGAGGCAUGGCUCUUGAGGUUGGUCCGCUCCCUCACAGCCUCGUCAGAGCUGAUAUUCUCUCUCAGAUGUCUGAAGGAGUCAAACUCAUCCUGGAUUUCAUCGACCUCUUCAACAGAGGUACUGUCUUCCCCCCCUGUGAGGUGGAGGUGUAUCGGAAGCUGGAGGGGUUGGAUUUCCCACGAGACCCGCAGAGUGGAGAGCUGAGCGGCACAGUGCACCCAGAGAGACAGGACAGAGAUUUCCGAGGGCUCACGACUGUGCUGGGCCCCUGGGGACCCCUGACUUCAAGCUGA